CUAAUACUUACAGUAGACUACUUCUUGUUUCCAUGCAGUGACAGUAAGUUGACUAACUGUUCAAGACCUCUCCCCUUCACGUCACUCUUCACUUGACUCACUGUACAAGACCUCUCCCCUUCACUUCACUCUACUGCAGGGUGGGAGAUGCAACAAUGGUCUUGAGAACAGCAGGAGGUGUGUUGGUGGUCUUUCUCUGGUCUGUGGCAGUUGUACGGGGGCAGAAUGUCUGGAGUGUGACUUACUCCACUCAGAGUAUCUGUGCCUUGAAGGGGUCAACAGUGAAGCUGUCCUGCUCUUUCAGAUAUCCCAGAGGUCAUAAAGUCACAUCAACCUUCUGGUUCACUAAAAUGGAGACUGAAGAUAUAGGUCUGGACCCAGAAUAUGCAGGUCAUGUGGAGUAUUGUGGGGAUAAGGAGAAAGACUGUACCCUGAGAAUCACAGACCUGAGAGAGAGAGACUCAGCUACGUACAGGUUCAGAUUAUUAACAGAUCAGGAAGGAGGGACAUAUACUGGAAAACUUGGAGUGACUUUGUCUGUCACAGGUCUUCAGGUGAAGGUGACUGGUGGACAUCAGGAUAAGACACUGACCUGUAUCACCACCUGUACUCUGACUGACAACCCCACCUACAUCUGGUACAAGAACGGACAACAUCUAGAUGAAAGCACCUCACCCCAGUACAAAAGCUCAAUCUCCAGCAACUACAUUGAUGGUUAUUCCUGUGCUGUAAAAGGCCAGGAGGAUCUCCACUCUCCUGCAGUGUGUGUUCAGGGUCAGGACUGCAACAGAGUAACUUACACCAAGAGGAGAAUCUGUGUCUUGAAGGGGUCAACAGUGGACAUAUCCUGUACUUAUGUUGGGUAUAAUAGAGUCAAAUCAUCACUUUGGUUUAGUCCUAAACGGAGUGCUAGUUGGACUAAUAAGUUGACACCUGAGGACCUAACCAGAGACCCAGGGUAUGCAGGUCGUGUGGAGUACACUGGAAGAGAGAGUGAAACAUAUGAAGGUCCCUCCUCCCUGAGAAUCUCAGAUUUGAGAGAGGAGGACUCAGCUGAGUAUCGCUUCGCUUUUAAAACUCAAAACUUUGAAUGGGGUCAUAGUUUCCCAGGAACAACUCUGUCUGUCACAGGUCUGCAGGUGAAGGUGACUCCUGCUGCAGAGGGACAGAAGACACUGACCUGUAGCACCACCUGUACUCUGACUGACAACCCCACCUACAUCUGGUAUAAGAACGGACAACGUCUAGAUGAGCCCACUUCCCAACAAUACUCUAGUAAUACACUAGUAGUGUUGGGUCAUUCUGCGGACAGUUACUCCUGUUCUGUUGAAGGUCAUGAGGACUUCCCCUCUCCUGCAGUGUAUGCUCCAAAGAACACCUCAGUGUCAGUCAGUCCCUCUGGUGAAAUAGUGGAGGGCAGUUCAGUGACUCUGACCUGCAGCAGUGAUGCCAACCCACCUGUGGACAAAUACACCUGGUACAAGAAGAAUGUAGCCUCACCAAAAGCAUCAGGACAGAGUUACAGCAUCACUAACAUCAGCUCUGAGGACAGAGGAGAAUAUUACUGUGAGGCUGAGAAUACAAUAGCAUCUCAUAACUCUACAGCUCUGAUGAUCAUUGUAGCAGAGAAACAAACCUCAGUUAUAGCUGCAGCUGUAGGAAUCAUAGUGGUUGUUCUGGGUGUCAUACUGGCUUCAUGUCUCUCUGGCUUCAUGUGGUUCAGGAAGAAGUCCUCCAAAUCCACCUCUGACACAAGACACACAGCAGACAACGGACAGGGAGACUCUAGUCCAGUGUAUGACAACAUCUCAGGCAUGGCCAUGACCCCUACUGCAGCACAGACAACGGCCACCGUCGACCAGGAUGACGUUCACUAUGCCAGCAUCCACUUCUCUCGCUUAAAAACCGUCCAGCUGUCUCAACCCCAGAAACAGGACGAGGAUGUCCAGUACGAUGCUGUGAAAUUCGACUGCCCCAGUUAUGCCAACCAGUGAACAUAUUCUGCCAUUACAACAACAGUCAAUUCUAGAGCAUUGUGGAUACACCGCAUUAAAGACUCACGGCAGCACAAGCAGCUGAGGAGGACUCCUCUGUUCUCUACAGUACAAUCAACUAACCCAGAACCGAGAAGACCUGAACAUUACAAUCCCAGAACCAAGAAGGUCUGAUCACAACAAACCCAGAACCAAGAAGAGCUUAACACAACAAACCAAGAAGACCUGAACACAACAAACCCAGAAGAGCUGAACACAACAAACCCAGAAGAGCUGAACACAACAUUUACAUUUUAGUCAUUUAGCAGACACUCUUAUCCAGAGCGACUUACAGUAGUGAAUGCAAACAUUUCAUUUUUUUUUUUUGUGUGUGUACUGGCCCCCCGUGGGAAUCGAACCCACAACCCUGGCGUUGCACACACCAUGCUGGCGUUGCAAACACUAUGCUCUACCAAGUGAGCCACAGGGAAACCCAGAAGACCUGAACACAACAAGUUUGACAGAAACCCUGUAUAUCUGGACCUGUCUAGUCCAACUAAGUAUUAUAAUAAUAUAUCAUGAUAUGCCAUUUAGAAACACUUUUAUCUAAAGUGACUUAUUAUGUGUGGAUACAUCUUUCAUGCCGGUGGCCCCAUUGGGAAUUGAACCCAAACACCAUGUUCUACCAACUGAGCCACAGGACUACUGUAUUCACACUUAGUUGGAGUGCUGAUCUAGGGUCAGUUUUGCCUUUUAAACUAUGAUGAAUAAGAUGGGGAACCUUGUAAAUCACUUUUAUGUUAAAUAUUUUUCCUUUCAUUAUUUAACUUCCCUGGGCUAGGUGGGACGCUAGUCAACAGCCAGUGGAAUCGCGUGGCGCGAAAUACAAAUACCUCAAAAAUGCUAUAACUUAAAUUUCUCAAAUAUAUGACUAUUUUACACCAUUUUAAA